CUUCCUGCUCAGGGUCGGCAGCCACCCUGGACACAGGCAGGGGACACUGAGGGACAAGCGGCCACCCUCCCAGGCCCAGGCAGGUCCAGGGUGGGAGGAUGGCAGAGACGGCUGGAGACCCGAGCACCAGGGAAGAAGACUUUGGCCCUCUGCUCCUGGGGAUGCUCGUGUGGACUUGCCGUACAUGGUCUUUCUUGUAUUGAGAUGCGUCCUCCUAUCCUCAGCGUUUGAGAAUUUCUAUCAUGAAAGGCUAUUGAAUUUCGUGGGAUGCUGCUUCUGCACCUGCCGAGAGGGAUGUCCACAGAAGAGCAAAACAGAAAUGAGAGGAUUUAUGAGGCUGUAUUCUAUUCCUUCAGAAGACAUAAAGUGGAUAUUUCAAGUGCAAUAAAAAAGUCAUUUCCUUUCCUCGAGGGCCUCCGUGACCGUGAACUCAUCACCAAAAAAUUGUUUGAAGAUUCUCAAGAGUCUUGUAGAAACCUGGUCCCUGUACAAAGAGUGGUGUACAAUGUUCUCAGUGAAUUGGAGAAAGCAUUCAGCCUGGAGUUAAUGGAAGCAUUGUUCAGUGAAGUCAACCUGGAGGAAUACCCUGAUUUAAUUCAUGUUCGUAAAAUCAUUGAAAAUGAGGUGAGAAUACUAUGUUCCCAAGAAGAUACUGAAGAAGAAAGGGAGGAGAGGCUUGAACAAGGAAGUGGUGAGAACUCUUUCCUACGAAGACUGACCUGGCCACAACACUCAGAUCCCUGGUCUUCCAACGGUAUAAACCUACCUGAAAAUGAACUCUCAGAGCUCCACUGUGAAGCAGAACAGAGAAAUGAGAAUAGAAGAGAGACGGCCAGAGACCAAAAUGGUGCACGAAGAAGCCACCAAGCAAAUGAACCACGCGCUCAAGAGUCUGCGCCAGGAGAGUCCUGUGAACGUGUAGCUGUCCCAGUGGACAAUGGAGAGGCCAGCGUGGAGACACCCAGUCCUUUGCCCUGCAGUGGAGAAAGAGCAGCGCUCUCCAGUCCUGGAAUCCACAUGCCUUCCUGUUCUGUGCGUCUGGUGGAUAUAAAGAAGGAAAAGCCAUUUUUUGGCACGGAAGUUGAGCAAGGAGCUGCAGUCAGGACUAACCACGACCAGCCAUCCGAAGUAAUAGUCAUCAGCAGUGAGGACUCUGAAGGUCCCAGCGAUGCAGAAGAGCCCGCAGCAGCCUCCAGCUCAGCACUGAGAAGCCGUCCUGUGAUCAAUAACCAUGACCCAUUAGACUUGAGAGAUGGAGAAGGGACCCAGGAAGCCACUUGCUCACAGCACCAGGUGACAAAAGAGUUUGUGGAUUUCAGAGACUCACCUACAUUCAGAAAAAUGGUUAGGAAAAGAGUGAGAGGACAUGACUACGGCUCUUCAGAAUCCAGUGAGGAGGAGUUGUCCCCAGCACCCUAUAUCUCAACAUCAAGAGCUUCUGGCAGCAUGUCUACUUGGAGGAUACACAGUCAGAGACAAAGGCUCAACAGUGACAGCUCUUUAGAGCUGAAUUAUGAAGAGGAACCUCAGGAAGCCCUGAGAAGUGGAUCAGGAGCAGGGCCACAAGGGACUGGAGAUAAGAAGUGUUCCUGUGUCCUGUGUUCCCCAAAAUGUGUGCCAGGAGGCCAAGAAGCAAUGAUGGAAAAUGGCCAAGUGUCUCACCUAAGAGAUACCGUGGAUGAUGGAAACAAUUCUACUUUGGGAAAAGUCAGUGGGGAAAGAAUGGCUCAGGAGACUGAGGCAGGAGGAUCCCAAGUUCAAGGAAGAAACAGAGAGAUACCUAGAUUCCUCUCAACUCAGAGGAAGGCCCCUCUAAGGAAAAGUGGUUGGCCAAAAGGGAGAAAAAGAAACAACUCUAGACCCUUGAAAAGAGGCAGAAAAAGAGGUCCAAGAAUUCCCAGAGAAAACAAUGUGAAUUUCAACCUUUCCAAACUUCCUGUGACCUGUGGUAAGGCGAAGGGGACUCUAUAUACAAAGAAAUUCAAGAAAGGAAUCCAGAUGGAAAGUAUAAAGACCAAGGACGGAAAGUGGUUCACCCCCAGAGAGUUUGAGAUCCAAGGAAACCGCGCAGCGUCCAAGAACUGGAAGCUAAGUGUGCGCUGCUACGGAUGGCCCCUCAGAGAUCUGAUAAAGAAAGGGCAUCUACCAAACCCACCAGUAACAAGAAAAAAGAAGAAAGCAAUGGAGUCUCACAACAAUGUCUUAGUUGACCCCUAUCAAAAGAACUCAGAUGAAUGUCACGUAUGCCUCCAAGGGGAGCAGCUGAUCUUCUGCGAUACUUGUCCACACUCCUAUCACCAGAACUGCCACAUCCCACCCAUAGAAGCUCAGAGGAACCAGUGGAGUUGCAUCCUGUGCAGGACAAAGUCCUGGGAAGGUAACCAAGAAAGCCAGCCACGUCAUCUGGAAUCUGAGGUUCUGAAGAGGCCAGUGCUGCCUGAGGAACAGCUGAGAUGUGAGCUGAUCCUAUUGAAGGUCUAUUGUCAUCCAAAAAGUGCCUUUUUUGUCCCAGAACCACAUAAUGCUCAAGACCCCCAGGAUCACAUGUGGUUAAACAAAGUCAAGGAGAGGCUGAUUAAGAAGAAGUACCCCCGAGUGGAGGGGUUCGUGCGGGACAUGCGCCUCAUCUUCAGGAACAACAAGGCCUUCUACAAAAACCAUAAAUUUCUCACCCUGGUACUUGACAUAGAAGAGUUGUUUGAGAAGGAAUUCAAAAACAUUUUUUCAAUCCAAGAAACAAGCAAGAGCAUCCAUCCGUCAGUUUGAGCCCAUUAUUUUGUUAACAUAGUCCAUUUCUGUGUCGCCCUGGGGACCCGCUGGCUGUCACAAGUGACAUGGUGCUCUCAUGGUCCUCUAAUCACUCUGCCUGCUCCUGUGCAAAUAACAUCAUGUCGUUCUUUUUCAAAAUUUUUUCAUUAUCCUUAUUGUUCACUUAUUUUUUUAAAUAAAACUUAAAACUGUC